AAGAGCGGGGAGUGGGAGAAAACAGGGGGAAUAACACUUAAAGAAAGCAUACAGGGGAGAGGAAGGACAGUACCUAGUGAUUUGGACAUCCCCUCCUUUCUUCUCUCAGGCUGUCACAGCAGAUUGGACUCCGAAGGACCGACACCGCGUCCACCCCAGACCCCAUGGGGUAACAGCAGACGUUUGGAGGAGAGGCUUUUGUUCAGCUACACAGAUGAACAACAGGAAGGAGGACAUGGAGAUCUCCUCUCACUACCGUCAGCUCCUCAGAGAGCUCAAUGAGCAGAGGCAGCACGGCAUCCUCUGCGACGCUUGUGUCAUCGUGGAUGGAAAGAUCUUCAAGGCCCACAAGAACGUCCUCCUGGGCUCCUCACGCUACUUCAAGACUCUUUACUGCCAGGUUAAAAAAGGGGCAGAGCCUCACCACCAGACUACUGUCACUCACCUGGACAUCGUCACGGCGACAGGCUUCAAAGCCAUACUGGACUUCAUGUACUCUGCUCACCUCGCCCUCACCAGUAAGAACGUGAUCGAGGUCAUGUCCGCCGCCAGCUACCUGCAGAUGACGGACAUUGUCCAGGCCUGCCACAGCUUCAUCAAGGCGGCGCUGGACAUCAGCAUCCGCUCCGAGAUGGCCGACGAACUGGCCGACUUUGAGAUGGGAGCUGUUGCUGCGGCUGGCAUAGGCGGAGGUGGGGGAGGUGGAGGAGGAGGAGUGGGUAUAGCGGGAGCAGGGGGUGGUGUGGGAGCAGGUUUAGGAGGAGGAGGAGGAGGAGGGAUCGUGGGCAUGGCUUCUGAAGCCCUGGCCUCCAUCAUGUCUGGUCGCAGCACCUCCCCUUGGCUGGCGCGCCGCACCAGCCCAGCCAACUCUUCUGGGGAUUCGGCCAUCGCCAGCUGCCACGAGGGAGGCAGCACGUAUGGCAAGGAGGACCAAGAACCCCCCAAGAGCCACGAGAGCCAGGAGGAAGCCUGCCACGACUCGCAGCCUGCCUGGCCACACGACUACAGGCCUGUCACUGUCAAAGAGGAACAGGUGUCCCCCGCCUCCUCCUCUCAUCCCCGGGACACUCCGAGGGGGGCGGCCCAGAGCCAGGGGGAGCCAGGGGCGGGAGGUGCUGCUGGAGCAGGUGGAGAGGGGUCCUGGCAACCCCUGUCAGGGUCAGGGCGAAGGAAGAACAGGAAGAACAAGGACACUGUCAGGCAUAUUACCCAGCAGGCUGAGAGGAACUGGGACAGAGAGCGGGACAGGGAGAGAGACCGGGACAGUAGGCCUGGGUCUCCUCUGCCCUCCAUGCUGGCAGUGGCUGGAUGGAACUACAACGGACAGGACAUCCCAGGGGCAGACGUGACCGAACCCAACAGCUCAGACAGCCGCGGCGAGCGCCUCGACUUCUUCCUCAAGCAGGAAGAGCCUCUGACCACAGAACCCAGCUACCUAGGUCCCAACGAAUCGGAGGAGGCCGGGGGAGGAGGCGGCGGCGGAACCAUCUCAUCUGUAGCCAAUCUGAAGGCGGCGCUGAUGAGUAAGAACAGCCUGCUGUCUCUGCGGGCUGAGAUGAUGGGAGAUGAUAACCCCUUGCUGUUUGAGUACCUGCCCAAAGGAGGACACUCCCUGUCUUUGAAUGACUUCACAGUGAUCCGUAAAAAGUUCAAGUGCCCCUACUGCAGUUUCUCUGCUAUGCACCAGUGCAUCCUAAAGAGGCACAUGCGGUCCCACACCGGCGAGAGGCCCUACCCCUGUGAAAUCUGUGGCAAGAAGUUCACCAGAAGGGAGCACAUGAAGCGGCACACGCUGGUCCACAGCAAAGACAAGAAGUAUGUGUGUAAAGUGUGCAGCCGAGUCUUCAUGUCAGCAGCCAGCGUGGGAAUCAAACACGGCUCGCGGCGCCACGGCGUCUGCGCCGACUGCUCCGGCCGAGGCAUGGCCGCCCUGCUGGACCACAACGGGGAAGUGGGAGGAGACAUCUCUCCGGAGGAGGAGCUGUACCCCGGCGACCGUUUCCACGACGACCAAGCGGAGUGCGACGGCGACGGCGAGGGGGAGGAGGAGAUGAUGGUGGAAGGAGACGGGGAGAUGAUGGGAGAAGGGGAGGAGGAAGGAGGGAAGUGGAAGGACUCGGGGAUGACCGCCGAGGCACACGGAGCACUGGACAAUGAGAAGGAGGAGAGCGACUCCUCGGCACAGGAGGGGGAGCAGCAGAACGGGAGCGAGAGGGACUUCGCCUGGAUCUCCUAGAAUCUGUCAGGCUCCCGUUAGCGGCUCUUCGACCAAUCUCUGAAGAUCUCCUGCGAUCUCUCGGGCAGAAUCCUCUGCUCUCUUUACCCAUUCGUCCCACCGUGGGCAGGCCUUCCUUUGAAUGGAAAUGCUGUAGGGUGACGCGCGACAAUGAUCUAAAACCAUUACGAGUCAAACGCACACACACACAAACACACACAUACACACACACUUAGGCUAUUCUCAACCUUGACUGCCAUAGUAGAAGAAGAGUGGUCAGGAGAUGGCUCGAGUGCAAGGCUUUUUCUGCUUACCUCCUUUACUUCUGAUGCAGUGUUUUUGUGUUUCUUUUUCUUGAGGGUUCAGGCCAGAGUCCAGUAGUUUUCUACUCUGUCACAACAGGAAUCAACGAGGACGCUGCCAAGGACAUGGCCAAUGCUAGACUGCAACUUUGUAUGUUUGCCAUCACAAUCACCAUGGAAACCAAGGAUCACUGACAGAGUAGGGAAAAAGCCAGGAGGGGGUGGGUGGGGGGUGUCUUAGUCCCACCUCGGCUGUAAUGUUUCUGGGGAAAGUGUCUCUCUAUGAGUGAAGGGAGAGUCUAAAUCUAUUGCAAAGCUACGUGUGUCGGAGGACCGGGCAGCCCCAUGGCACAUUGUCAAUGCAGAGUCCUACUGCCACAGACUUGCACUUUAAUGACAACUGACUCCUAUCGAAGCCCUGAACCCGUGGUUUACAUUUUUGAUCUGAUCUUUACUUACCUAAACAACUCGGUGACCGCACCUACCUUUAAGGAUAUACUUUAUGUCCUCUUGACUGUUAUCACGAUAUAGAAAUCACUGAAUCUUUGUGCAGAUUGCUGUUUAUAUAGCCUAUGCCCUUUCAGUGGGGUCCUUAAUCUUUCCUUCACUUAAGUUUACCACAUGGUUUCUAUCAAUUCAUUCCAACAAAUACUGGAGAUUUGACAAAUGUACAUAAGAUUUUUUUUUUUUUUUUUAAAUCUAAAAGGGGAGUGUGUGUGAGACAGAGAGAGAUAGAGAGAGUGUAUGUCAGAGUUUAUACACAACGUGGACAUCAGUUUGGGCUCCAGCAUUGGAUACACAUGACCUACACUUUAACUCUUUCUGUCUCUCUCUCGCUGCCUUUGGUUGAGUUUCUCUCACAGUGGAGGUUGUGAUAAUAGGACCUGAGAGCCAAGUCUCUCACAUCGAAGGAGGAGCUGCCUUUGUUUCGAAAACUGUCUUCUUUUUUCUUUUUUGUCUUUUUUUUCCAGUCAUGUAAUUCCAGUUUCUCAAUACAGAAUAUGCAGCCUCUUUCCAUGGUUUAUCUUUCUUUUGGUGAUAUAUUUUCUCUGGCUUUGUAAGGAUAAAAGAAGAGGAUCAAAAUUGUGCUUGAAAUUUCCGAGUUUGAUAUUCGUAGAGAGUGUAAUAUUAAUUUGUUUUGUUUUACAGCUAUUUAUUGAAAAACCUGUUUGUGGAUUUCCAAUUUUUUUGAGGAGUCAUUCCCUUUCUCUCUCUCUCUCUCUCUCUUUCUCUCUCUCUCUCUCUCUCUCUCUCUCUCUCUGUGUUGGGUGGAACAGGAUGUUUGUAUGCAAGAAUGUUUGAGUGUCCAGUGUCCAAAAAAAAAGUCUAUAUUGAUUUCUUAAGAUUAUUUCCAUGUUUUCGGCGAUGUUAUUGACAAUUCAAGUGAGGCAGAUGACAUGUCUUAUUAUUAUGAUUAUCAGAACAAUGAUUAUUGUUGUUGAUGUUACUAUUAUUAAUUAUUAUUAAGUGCUGGAUGCUAAGCUUUAUUGUGUGUUCUUUUUUUGAUAUUUUAUAUCUUGUAUAAGAAAAAAGCUUUUAUACUUUGCCUUGUUGUGGACAGCAAGCCAUAAGGCUUUUAUCAACCUUUUAUUGUGCCAGUUUACGCUUUUUCUGUCGUAUUUGCUUUUUUACCAAGGGGGAAAAACAACUUCACUGUCAAACUUCUCUGUUAGAUAUUGAUUGAAACAUAUAUUCAGCACACGCUUUUGCAUCACUAAUGUACACUAAUUGAUUAAUAUCGAACCAAAAACAAUCUAGUACCUUGUAUACAUGAAGUGCUUUUGUUUCACAGUCUGUGUGUGCAGGUGCUUUUUUGGAUUUAUUGUCGUGGUUAACAGUUUUGUUGUUGGGUUGUUUUUAUUUUUUGAACCUGUCACUAUUUGUCACAGUUUGAAAAAGUGCACAUGUUAUGGUAUUAUUGUGAAUAUGAAGAAGGGCUGUGUGAAAGGACCGGCUAGCUUUUGAAGAUCGCAUCUUAAAACCAAGCUGAUUAUAAUUUUAUUUUUUCUAGUUUCUACUGUCUCACGCCUCGCAUGACACACAAUCAAGUAGAAAUGCAGCAUGCAGACAAAACGCUCCUCUCAGACAGUGUUGAUGUACAUGCUUUGUUUCUAUCUCUGCCAGUGUUUUACUGGCUUGAAUCAUGAAAAAAAAAAAAAAAAAAAAGGGAAAGUGAGUGCUUCAGUAGUAACUCUGGGAAACACUUUGUUGCCUGUCUGCUACAGGUGCCAUGGACUGCACUUCCCAUUAACUCCCACUGAAAAACUCUCAAUUUGAUUUGUGAUGCUUUCUUCAUGUCUGGCAACUGUCUUUAUUUUAUUUGUAUUAUUUAUUGUGUUCGACCCAUUUAUCAGACUUUUUGGGUAGAAAAAAAAGAAAGAAAGACAAUGGGGUAGGAUUUUAAUGAAUGUCAAUGGUGGGUGUGGAAGGAGCCCGUGAUCGGCGACAAAUCUCUGUCCUGUGGUGCUGUUGUGGCCACUGAGAGACAUCUGGAUGUAUGUGUGACUCCCCGGCCCUGCGCUCUUCUCACGACCUGUACUGUAUGUCUUCUUCCUCAUACUGGGUUGUACUUCAGGAAAACGUCUGCCAUCAACCCCUCAAUAUGUGCCUCAAUGACAUUUCACCCGUGUGUUUGUGAGAGUGUCUGUUUCCGAGAGAUGGAUAUGUGUUUGUGUCGACGGAUAGAGAUUACUAAGAUGCGACUGAUCGGAUUAGAGGUGCAAAAUGUUUGAUAAAAACUUCAAAGAGACAAAUCAUGAUGGGCGACUAGAUUCUCCUUCCCACCGUGUGUUGAUGACCUUCUGUGCCCUGAUUCUGUGGUCUUAACUGCAUGCCUGUGCUCAUUUUGUCAUACCAAAGCGACGUCUUCGGCAUCUGCACACAACUGUCUCAUUCCACACGAUGCAAAACUGGAACUGUUUGCUCUAUUGCAGAUGAAUAUGGGUAUUCUUAGACGUGUACAAAUUGCAAUCCUCAUUUAGCCUGUAUAGCUUGAUUCACACGUGCAAAUCAUGAAGCCAUAGAUAUGGGUAUAUCUAUAUUAUACUAUAUUUCAAAAUUGGCGCUUUUUACUUUAGAUUUUGUUCUUCUACUAAGAGUGAUGUGUGUAUACCUUCAUAUAUAUGAAUUUAUAUUACUAUUAUAUAUUAUUUAUUUUCUCUCAAGUUUCAGAGGGUCUUUGAUUUGUAAAAGGUCGCACUUGAAGCUUGAGGUUUGUUUAUUUUCAUUGGGAAUAUUGUUCAAUAUGAUACUGACUUUAUAUUGAUGAUUAUCAUAAACCUGUGUUUGUAACAAAAUGUGUUAAAUAAUCAAAAAAACCUGUCCUGUUUUUACACCUGUUUCGUUUCGGGCAGAUUGAAGUGCUCUUGUGCAGAUAUUUUUUCGGUUGAUAGUACUGAUCACAAAACAUUUUUACAGCCAACCAUGAGCCUCCUGUUUUGAUGUUGGGGCUGGCCCAGCGGCCGUCCAAGCCUCUUUUUAACUUCAUGUUUAGUGGAAGAAUUAGCUUGACUAUUAUUUGCAAAAACCAAUCAGUCUCAAUAAAUUUUGAAAUUGCUGCUGUGAAGAAGUGA